CUUUCCCUAGAGAAGUAAUGUCGCGCAUUGCUUGCGAAACACAAUCACGAUCGACAAUGUUUCCAUUUAGACCCCAACAACCAGUACCAAGCACAUCCACAGAAACAACAAGCACCUCUAGCCGCAGACAGAAAAUACUCAACAACCUCGCAAAGGCAACCUCACCAUCCCUAUUCUUUAACCACACUUCUCCUACUGCACAAAAUAAUAGCCGUGUAGUGCCAACCCUAUCAAGUAUCAGUGGCAUACCAGCCUUACCUGCCGCAGAAAGUUGGUCAGGACACCAAAAAAAGAUAUCUCACACAAAUAGAUCUUCUAUCGGUACACUUGACUCAGACAUUGGAAUGUUGAAUCCAGAGGCUAAUCGCUGGGCACUUCGGGUCAUCAACCCUGACCCAGACAAUUCAAGUGAAGAUGAAGACGAAGUUAAAACAGACUCAACAGGCACAGAGCCUGAGCCCUCCAACAAUUCACACAUCAAUUCAUCCACCCCUGAUCAUAUUUCAUUACCAGUAUUACCCACACAUGAGGAAGGUACCUCAGCAGACGCAAAACUAGAGUAUGACCCAACGAUGGAUAGCCAUUCACAAUUCAGCCAUUCACAUCACCAGUCACCGACCACCUCCUUUCUUUCCAUGCCUCCGCCGCCACUCGUCCGCCGCCAAUCAAAGACGCUCGAAGAAGGUCCUCCUCAAACCCCUCCAUUAGAAACACUUCCGCCGAUAGAGCUCCCUUUACAUCUUUUUGGAAAGGAAGAUGGCUCACUUACCCCAAACAUCAUUAUCCAACCACCCUCUUCAAUUAAAUCAAACCAAUGCCAUUCACCUCAAGCCGUAUCACCAUCACUACCACACCUUAAACUGGUGACAAGCACAUCACACUCACAGGGCAUCAUGUUAUCCUCCGUAUCACCCACUGCCUAUGCAAGUCAUGAUAAUGUAAUGGUAAACACCGCACCAAACAUGCAUCCAAUGGCUCGUAUGGAAGAGCGGACCCUUCCGAGCUGGUAUCAGGGCAGCUCAACGCCUGUUGUUAGUAGCACAUUUUCGAACGAGUCUACUAUCCAUACAAAGUCUUCUCAUAUAAAUGAUAAAUCAGACGAGAGAGAGAUUCCAAAGAAUGGUGUUCACAAUGGACCUGACACAAAAGUCAUGGUUUCUCAGGUACAAGAGCCUGCCAAUCCAAUCGCAGCCUUUGCAAAGACUUCUACCAAUAUGGCAGCUCUUACAGGUGUAAAUCAACUAUCAAAGUAUGCAAAAGCUUCGUAUAGUCUUACAAACAACCCAAAUGCCAUCAAACUGUACAGAAACCAGGCACUCAAGACAGGAGACCCGGGGGUACAGCUCAGCUACGCGAAAUACCUCCUCGAGAUUGCCAGCCUAUACGAUCACAGUAGUAAAUCAAACUCUCUCAAACCACUCUCGCUCUUCGGUCUUUCCUCAAGUAUUUCGGGAGGGCGGAGAAAGAGCAGCCAAGUUGGUGGUGGUCGUACCAGUAUGGAUACGCGACCGAGUUCGAGUGCAACCAGCCCUGGCUUAGCUUCCCAGUCUGACAUCUAUUCCAGUGCACGCGUAGCACCAAGUCUAGACUAUGAUCAAAGGCAAUCAAUAUCCAGUGGCACGGUUGUGCUUGGAGAUGAGACUAGUCGACGCAAAAAGAAAUUGCUUGAAGAAGAAGGCAUUCGAUGGGUUAAGCGGCUGGCCAAAGAAGGAGUAGGAGAGGCUGCUUACAUGCAAGCAGUCUGGAUCGAUCGUUCACUCUACGGUCUCAAAAAAAGUGCCUCAAAAACAUUUAGGUUAUUUAAUAUUGCAGCAAAAGAGGGCAUUCCUGAAGCAAUAUAUGCCCUUGCCCUACAUUAUGAAAAAGAACGCAAUUUUUCUGAAGCAUUCAAUAACUUUAAGGACGCUGCUGACAAGAACUUGCCAGAAGCUAUGUUUAAAAUGGCAAAGAUCAAUCUUCACGGCGAACUCAACCAACGCCAAAACACUGUGAAAGGUCUCCAGCUACUUCAAAGAGUGAUUGAUAUGGGAUCUGAUGAAUAUUCCGAACCUCUCUAUCUAUUCGGACUGAUUCUCACAAAUACUUACCCUAAAGUUGACAUCCCACAGCAAUUGGUUGAACCUUAUGGUGGUCUUUAUGCAGCCAUCGUCUAUUUUGAACGCGCUGCCCGCUCAGGACAUACAGAGGCUCAAGGUAGAUUAGGUUACAUCUACGAGCAUGGAAUGUAUGGCGUACCAGUAAAUCUGUCCAAGAGUGUAACCAAUUAUGAAGCUGCCGCAAGAAACGGUAAUCCGCAGGCUAUGCUUGGACUCAGUCGAUUGUACAACCGUGGAAGUCAUGGACCUGACGAUCGAGAUGAAAAGACACGCUUGGAGCUAGAUGAAUCUGGCUGGCUUCAAGCCAACCCGAGAAACGAAGACUUGGCAUUCAGCUGGUGCCAACGUGCUGCAGAGAAAGGAUUGGCAGAUGCUAUGUGGUAUUAUGAAAUGGGAAUCGGUGUUCCCAGAGACCAUGAGAGAGCAAUUACAUAUUAUAAAAAAGCGUCCAUUCGAGGCCACCCAGGUGCAGAGGAGAGAUUGGCCAAAACCAACUCUGGAUCUCGACAACAAUAUGAAGAUAGUCGUCGAGGAAACUACUUGCGCUACACACAGGACGGUAACAAGGAAAAUCAACCUUGUACUGUGAUGUAGACACCUCCCUUCUUCUUAUUUUUGAAUACCCAACUAAUAGCAUGCCAUUUUGAGAAGAAGAAAACAAAAAAAAGAGAAGGAGUGAAUAAGUAAGAGAGAAUAAGGAGCAAAAAAAAACAGUGUAUUUAUUAUUUAUUAUUUAUCUAUAUUAUCUUUCAUUUAUUCAUACAUUUCACACAUUAUUACGCACAAACUAAAAAGAAAGAAAGAAACAAUCGCAAAAAUCCCAUAAUCAUCUACUCACUAAAUCAAUUAUCUGCAUUCCUUCAUAUACAUAUCCAUUUUGUGGUAUUGAAUAUAUAUAUAUGUUAUAUACUUUUAAAGAGGUAAUAAUAGUAGUGCGAUAAAGGCACAAAAUAGAAUACCAGUCGUAUCAUGCUUUUUUCCCAAAGAAAUAUCUUGUAAAUGAGACUUACAAAGAUUACAGAUAAUUAUGGCAAAAGCACAAGAUUUGUUUUCAUUUAUGAAUUCAUUUCCGUGCCGAAAUCUUUAUUUCUAUUUUACAAUGAUACAAGUAUCAUUUUCCCAUAUAAUAACCAUAAUCUACAUGGCUGCAAUUAAACGCACAAGCACACAAACCAUACAGUGUUCUGGACAAAUAAAGAUCAGAAAGAACGAGGUGGAUGAGUUGGUGAAAUAAAGUAAUAUUUAAUUAAUUCUAUUGGCUGUUCAACAUGGUUUCAUGAAAGGAAAAUACUAAUUAAGUUCCAGUGUUACUCUUCUGUUUUGUGUUAAGCUCAGUAUUACAUAAAACAAUAGCCACUAUCUGUAAAUGUAUCUAGUCAAGAACCUAGGAAUUUAAUUUGAUUAGGUACAUGAUCUUCGAAUGGUACUUGAUAUUCUGAUGCUGCUGAUGAAGAAGAAAAAAGGGAAGGAGAAGAGCCUGUCCAUUUUUCAUUCCUGUGUUCAUCGUACGGAAUCUUAUCGUGGCUUUCAAGUAAGGAAUUAGGCGAUAUUAAACCACCUUUAGACACAGGUAAGCUUCUGGAUACCUGACGUCUUUUGUACCAUUGAUGUUUCCGUUCUUGUGCCUUGAGUUUGUUCAUCUCCCUUUUUAGACUUUGUCGGCUACUUGCCAAAUAUUCCAAUUCAUGUUCAGCAACCAUUUGGGAUUUCUGGUUAUUACAAUGAGAUGCAUAUCGUAAUAGUGCAUUUUGGUGCUGUUCUUGCGAUAACAAUGCCUUUAAUAUAUCUUGGAUAUCUUUUAGGCGCUCUGCACGCUCUUUUGAGGCUUGUUCAGCAUGCUCUUUACGCUUGUGAUUGAUUUGAAUUAGUUG